AUGGACAAGACAGCGCUAUCCAGUAAUUGGAAGAAGCUACAGGCGACGUUAAAGAAAGAUCCCACUGUCAAGCGCAAGACCUCCGAGCUCAGCUCCGGAGAUGGGAUCGCGAAGAAACGAAAGUUGACCGAGAAGCAAAAGCCAUAUAACCCAGACGCCAAACCAACCUUCAAGCGCAAGAGAAUGUCUGUCAAGUCAGAUACUGGCGAUUCCGAUGUUACAAAGAUCGAGAUAAGCUCGCGUCACAAGGAAAAUGAAGGCCGCUCAUCAACUGCCGAACUAGGAAAAUAUGUCGCAAUGGAUUGUGAAAUGGUGGGCGUCGGUCCAAACCCAGACAGCGACUCUGCACUUGCCCGCGUCAGUGUCGUGAACUUCAACGGCGACCAAAUAUAUGAUUCGUACGUGCGCCCGAAGGAGAUGGUCACAGACUGGCGUACGCAUGUGAGUGGGAUUGCCCCUAAGCACAUGGUGGAGGCACGGACCCUUGAGCACGCCCAAAAAGAAAUUGCAGAAAUCAUGAAGGAUCGCAUUCUCGUCGGUCAUGCCGUCAGCAAUGAUUUGGACGCUCUCCUCCUCAGCCACCCCAAGCGCGACAUCCGAGACACCAGCAAACACGCGCCAUAUCGGAGGAUCGCAGGCGGUGGAUCCCCACGUUUGAAGAUGUUGGCUGAGGAAUUUUUGGGAAUCAAGAUCCAGGACGGAGCGCAUUCUAGUGUGGAAGAUGCGCGGGCUACGAUGGCUUUGUAUCGUCGGGAGAAGGAUGCGUUCGAGCGGGAGCAUUUAAAGAAAUGGCCCGCUCGGAUGAUUGCCGACAACAGGGAGAAGGGCGAGGGCCAGAAAAAAAAGAAGAAGAAGAAGACUACACGCAAGCGCUGA